GCCAGCGACCUGGCUUGGCCCAGUCUGCACAGAGGGGCCGAGGCAGACGGAGGGCUCAGCACAGGCUCUGAGACGCAGAUCGCCAUGUACAGCUUCAUGAGCGGCGGCCUCUUCUGCGCCUGGGUGGGGACUAUCCUCCUGGUGGUGGCCACGGCGACUGACCACUGGAUGCAGUACCGGCUGUCGGGGUCCUUUGCCCACCAGGGCCUGUGGCGGUACUGCCUGGGCAACAAGUGCUACCUGCAGUCGGAGAGCGUUGCUUACUGGAAUGCCACCCGGGCCUUCAUGAUCCUGUCCUCCCUGUGUGCCACCUCCGGCAUUAUCAUGGGCAUCCUGGCCUUCGCUCAGCAGCCCACCUUCACCCGCCUCUCCCGGCCUUUUUCCACUGGCAUCAUGUUUUUCGCCUCCGCUGUUUUUGUCCUGUUGGCCUUGGCCAUUUACACCGGAGUCACCGUCAGCUUCUUCGGCCGCCGUUUCGGGGACUGGCGCUUUUCCUGGUCUUACAUCCUGGGCUGGGUGGCCCUGCUCAUGACCUUCUUUGCAGGAAUUUUCUACAUGUGUGCCUACCGGAUGGAUGAAUGUCGGCGCCAGUCCACUCCCCGCUGAGCCCAGGGGCAUCCACCAACUUCAUCGGGAAGCUAAAAUGAGGUCACUGAAGAGGAGGGGGAGGGUCUAGAGGUCUGAAAUCCUGGUUCCUGGGGGCAUAAGGGGGCUCGGUCCUGGACUCUGGGUGGGGGCCCCUGACCCCUGAGUCCCACGUGGAAGGAGAAAAAAAUGGGGCCUGGUGGGAGGGACCUGAGAA